AUGGUCAAAAACAGGUCUUUAGAUGGUUAUGCAUUACAACAGGCAUCUGAUGAGGAUGGCGUCGAAGUUGGUCUGGUUGCACACAACCAGUGUCAAAAUGGUGCUCACAAAAGAAGAAUUCCAAGCCUCGAGACUUCGAUAAAGCGACAUGCAUCAGCUCGACAUGAGCUGAAGCAUCAUAGCGAGAGCAAAACAUCAUCGGAUAUCGAGGUUACAAGUCGACGACGUCCGUGGAGGUGGGAUGUAGAUCCUGCACAGUACGAGCUUCGAAAGCAACAAGAACUUGGUAUAAGGGGGAUAAAGGAGAAACCUCAACUCUCGCAAACUGUUGACCUCUACAACCCUGCUGAAACUGCAAAAAUUGAAGAUAGCCAGUUGGCCUUACCUGAGCCUCCCAUCGAAGGCUUGGAACUGUUUUCCCACGAUGACGCCAUAACGUUUGAGCCACUACUACAAUUGAAAACAAUCCCAGAUUCAGAACUCACAAAAGCGGAAUCAGCCAGAUUAGAGGCGUUGAUGGCAUUGUUGCGCAUCAAAAAUGGUACUCAGUCACUACGAAAACGAUCCAUGCGUCAAUUAAAUAAUGUGGUUAAGCGACAAGGGCCAAGCAUAAUUUUACCAGCAACAAUUUCGAUUUUUGAGCACGCGAAUCUCGGUGAUCAUGAAAAGCACUUGCUAAUGAAGGUUAUUUCGAGAGUAAUGUACAUCUCGCCUAAGGAAGUUACCCCGUGGACAGCUGAAAUUGUUCAUUCACUAGGACCCAUGCUCACGGAAGAAGACUUCACUGUGCGAAUGGAAGCGCAGGACGUUCUCGCCCAUUUGACGAAAGUUGUCGGCUUGCCCGUUAUGAUAUCAUCACUUCGUCCAGAUCUUGAUCACUCGAGCGAAUAUACGCGAAAUGUAACAGCAAAAGUUUUCGCCGUGAUUGCUAACACAAUUGGUCUUGUAUCUAUUAUGCCAUUUUUGAGAGCCGUACUCAGAAGCAAAGUAUGGACAACUCGACACACUGGUGUCAAAAUUAUCCAAAAUUUAGCAGUUACUUUGGGUGGAGGGAAUGGUGGAACAACAUUGCCAUUUCUUGAUCAAAUUGUUGAUAUUUUGAAACCUGCAAUUUCAGACGACAAUAUCAAAGUUUCGCGAUCGCUGGCAACAACUAUCGCGAGAUUAGCUGAGAAUGUAAGACCUUUUGGGUUUGACUCUUUCGAACCGAUAAUAGUUCAAAUUUGGGAAGGUUUGAGAGAACAUCGUGGUGGUACGUUGGCUGCCUUCAUCAGUGCACUUGGAGCAAUUGUUCCACUUGCUUGUCACAAUUUGCGAGACCGAGAGUAUGCAAAUUAUUACACAAAAGAACUUUUGAAAGUGAUGACAAGAGAGUUUUCCACUUCAAACGAAGAAAUAAAACGGACAAUACUAAAGCUCUUGGGCACUCUUCCGUUGACACGAGAACUUUUGGGUAAGCAGUACAAAGAGAAUCUUUUCAUUCCAUUUGUUAAGAACUUUUGGACUCGACGAACAGCUACGGACUCUCAGAAUAUCGUCCGAAUGGUCUCCGAUGCAACAAGUGAGUUGGCACAUCGACUCGACCCUCCAGGAAUGUUCAAACUUAUUGCUCAAUUUAUGAGAGAUAAGAACGAACUCAUGAGACGGAUGUGUGUAGAAGCUACGUGCAAGUUUGUUCUCAACUACCCCAAAGACCUCAUCGAAUUUGAUGCCCAAUUGGAAUAUCAGUUAAUUGAUGGUAUGGUCUUUGCUUUCCAAGAGCAACGGGACACGCAAGCCAUAUACAUGACUGGUUUUGCCGCUUUGGUUAACGCACUAGGCAAACGUGUCAAACCUCAUAUUGAUCAAAUUGUAUCAGUCAUUUUGUACAAUUUACUGGGUGAUCAGUUCAAUGUACGCCAGCAAGCUGCUUCUAUUAUCAACAAGAUCGCACCCGUCAUAAAUACUUGCUGUGAUACACCAGAUAUGAUGUACAAGUUGAUUCUUGUUUUGUUCGAGCUGUUGGGCGACGUGAAUCCUGAAGUGUUGGCAAGUAUCAUUGAUGCAAUUUAUGGAUGUUUGAACGCUCUUGGCAGUGACGCUCUCAAGAACUUGAAGAGUCCACUGGUGAACGAGAUAUUGCCAACCUUAACUCCAAUUCUCAAGAAUAGACAUGAGUUGGUGCAAGAGAGUUGUGUCAAACUAGUGGGGCUAAUAGCUUCAAAGCAGCCGGAAACGAUAAAUACAAAGGAGUGGAUGCGGGUAUGCUUUGAGCUUUUAGACUUGCUCAAACUGAAUAAAAAGAGAAUCCGAAUUGCUGCUAAUGGAACUUUUGGGAGCAUAGCAAAAACAAUCGGACCCUCAGACGUUUUAGUAAUGUUGCUCAACAAUCUUCGGGUUCAGGAACGACAAUUGCGUGUUUGUACGGCUGUGGCAAUAGGGAUUGUUGCAGAUACUUGCUCGCCAUUCACUGUAUUACCUGCAAUCAUGAAUGAAUAUCGCAUCCCUGACAAAAAUGUUCAAAAUGGUGUACUCAAAGCAGUUUCGUUCAUGAUUGAGUACUUACCUGGCAACGUUACUAAGGAUUAUGUACUUUCUUUGGUACCACUACUAGAGCAUGCUCUUGUUGACAGCGAUCAGGUACACCGCCAAACGGCAGCGGCAGUCAUUCGGCACAUGGCCUUGAAUUGUAUUGGUACUGCGGACGCAAACUACAUUGAAGUUUUUGUGCACUUCAUUAACUUGGUACUUCCAAGUAUUUUCGAAACAUCGCCACACGUCAUUAUUCGUAUUAUCGAAGCUUUGGAUGCUCUUCGUUGCGUCGUCGGAAAUGGCACUUACUUGAACUACAUUUGGGCGGGCUUGUUUCAUCCAGCCACCAAGGUUCGACAGCCGUAUUGGCAGUUGUAUAACGUGGCUUACGUUCAAAAUUCAGAUGCAAUGGUUCCGUUUUACCCAAUGGAAACGAAUAAACAAGUGGAUGAGUUGGAGCUUUUGAUUUGA